CAAACAGAUUCGUACGCAACGCUGGACCGCAUUUUUCAUACAUUCUGUCAGAUUCCCCCUCGCGGCCGUCUGCUGAGAAUGCAAGACGCGUGAAAAGCGCUUUUCGAGUUUCAGAAGAAGUUGAAAAUGGGUGACAAGUGCGCGGAGUGCGGAGAACCCGCGGAGUUGAAGUGUUCAGCUUGCAAACUGGUGUCUUAUUGUGGUAAGGAACAUCAGAAGAAGGACUGGAAGAACCACAAAGCGGUCUGUAGACCCUUCGAGACUUCCUGAGCAAAGACAUCCGGUUGGAGCAAUGUAUUGCAUAUGAAGACAUAGUUACUUAGUCGUAGUAGUAAAAUACCGGCACAAAUAAUCAUGUACGAUCCUAGAAGAUCCAGUUUUGGGAAAAUGUCUGGUAGCAACCAGGGAUAUAAAACCCGGAGAUAUUGUUAUGGCAGAGUACCCGUUGGUUUAUGGCCCCAGGCCACAUAUGGUAGAAGAAGGACCGGUACCUUGCCCUGGAUGCUGCAGGUUGAUCAUCGCUGAGGGUUCACCGAGAUGUGAAGGGUGUGAUUUCCCCAUUUGCCAUCCGGGCUGUGAAGGACUCAGAGAUAUGGACAGACACGGUCACGAGUGCAUGAUUCUGGGUCUGAGGGACGUGAAGGCUAUCAACGGCUUACACGAUUUCUAUAGGCAAGACGCCUUGCUGACGUUACGAUGCCUCUUGUUGCAGAACAGACAUCCUAAGAAGUUUGAGCAGAUUAUGGGCAUGAUGGAACAUAUGGAUAGGCGAGGAAAAAAUACUGAAGUGUAUAAAGACAUUGACAGUAGGAUAGCAGACUACCUCAUCGACAAUUUUUUUGCUCCAAUGAAGAUUCUGGAAGGCAGGACUGGUAAACAGGCACUCCACGAUAUAUCCAGGGAAACCAUCCAUAAGAUUUGUGGUGUUAUUGACGUGAAUGGUCUUGAAGUGAACAUGGAUGCAGAAGUUAGUGCUCUAUACCCCACUGCAUACCUCAUGGAACACAACUGCUUACCGAAUACAACACAUAUAUUUGAUAAGAAUGGUUACAAAAUAACAGUUAAGGCUGCAUUACCAAUAAACACCGGUGAACAUAUAUCUACAAUGUACACUCAUUGCUUGUGGGGUACUCAGGCUAGGAGGGAACACCUUCGGGAAACCAAGUACUUCGAUUGCAAGUGCGUACGCUGCAGUGACCCCACAGAAUUGGGGUCUUACUUGAGUGCUCUUAAAUGUAUUGGUACCGAUGAUGAACCUUGUGGUGGAACACAACUUCCUUUAGACCCCACAAACGAUGAGACCCAAUGGACAUGUGACAAGUGCCCAGUGAAACUGACCAACGCCGAAGUAUCUUACUUGGUGAACGGCAUCGGCGAAGAAGUAGACAAUGUUCAACUGUCGAAUCCUACAGUCAGAGAGCUAGAAUCGCUGCUGAACAAGAUGCUCACCUUCUUACAUCCAAAUCAUUACCACGUGUAUUCAGUUAAGCAUUCUUUGAUUCAACUUUACGGGUAUCAGCAAGGCUACACUCCAAGUCAGAUCACGGACGACUGUUUGACCAGGAAAGCGAUGAUGUGCAGAGAGCUUAUGGAUAUUACAAGGAAAAUUGAUCCAGGGAAUGCAAGACUACCUCUGUACAGUGGAGUGAUUCUACAUGAAUUGUACCUUGCCAACUGGAUCCUUAUCAAACGGAAAUGGGAUCUAGGUAUCAAGACUAAAGUGAAGUCUAUGGUGACCAUGUUUGAGGAGUGCGACAUGAGCCUGAAGGAAGCCAAAGAAGUACUGAAGAACGAAAGUACUACUCCAGCCGGGGAAAAGCUGAUUAAUCUGGUAGAGACCGCUAGCAAGGAUUUCAAGAAGUUCCUUGAACGCAAUAAAAUUGAUAUUGCUGCUCUGGUCGUGAAGGAAAAGGAGAAAGCUAAGGAGAAAGAAGAACUUGCUAAUGGAAAUUGAAAGAAAUUAUUUGUAAUGAAGUGUACAAUACUUCAGUAUUUUUUAUGUAAAUUUAUAGAAUAAAGUAAAACGUCGAUAUUUGAACUAGA